CUCAAUCUCAAAACUCUACGCCUUUACCAGGUCUCAGGGGUUCUCAAACUCGUCGAUCGUCCCAUGUUUUCUUCAUCAAUUCAUUAGAGAGACAGCAAUAAAAAUUUUAACUCGCUCAAAUGGGAGCGCUGAAUCUGACUAUCCAGGUUCAGAAUGUCGAUCCAACUGUGACUGCUGCGGAGCUGGAGACAUAUUUCUCAUACUGCGGGACUGUGGAUAAAAUCCAGCUCCAGAGGAACAAGGACGAGUCCCAAUCGGCGCAGGUGACUUUCAGGGCGCCGUUUGCGUUCCAGACCGCUCUUCUUCUCGAUAAUGCUAUGGUUGCCAGGCAACCAAUUCGGGUGUCGCCAUCAGAUGAUUCAACAAUGCAUGUUCGUUCAAUUAUGUUGGAGGGUGACACCGAGGACGACCUCCGUCCCAAUGAAGCCGUGAUCGCAGGAGGCACCACCAACAUAUUGGACAGGACCGGGGACAAGUUGGAGGGGAAGUACAAGUUGUCCGAGAAAGGACGAGUGCUGAUUGAUCAGACACGCGCAGCAAUUCGCACCGCGGAAAAGGCGGCAGAAAGGUUCGGAUCUUUGCUCAGGAAGAAUCCAUACGUCGCCCCCGGUCUGAUGUUCUUGUCCGGAGCGCUUUAUAAGGCUGCAAUGUACGCAUCUCAAAUGAGGGCUAGGAAAAGAAAUUGA